UUCAUUUAUAUUUGCGUUCUUGAGAAGAGGAACGUACAUACGCCUCCCAGAGAACAGGACGUUCCGCGGCAUCAUCAUCGUCAUCGUCAUUAUCGUCGAUCGCCUUGGAAUCCAUUCCUUACAGAUCUACGCACCCUUUUCCGUUCUUUCUUUCUUUCUCUGAUUGAUUCGCGACGUCCGGGAUUACAGAUUGCUGCAGCGCUUUCUUUAAUCUCUCAUCUUGCCCAGGACUUGUUCUAAAAUCAACAAAACAUUUAUAAUUUCCUGGGUCCGGCCGGGCACAAUAUAAUAGCAGUGGUCGGGCUGUCAACGGAACUGUUGACAGCCCGCUUUUCUUGGAAAGAACAACUGGUCUAACUUCUGGUUUCUAUCUUUGCUGGGGUUUUCUAUUUAGCGGCGAGUUCUAAUUGGGGUGCAUUUAAGGAUUUCUUUGCUCCUGGUAUGAGAGAUUGCAGAUUUGUUGCACCUUAAUGGCUUCCUUGUCUGGAAUCUUUCAACGACCUGUCAUUGCAGCUGCUGCUUUUGCCAUAGCUUCUGCUUCUGCUGAUCUUCGUGAUAAUUUGCCCUUUCCAAAAUCAUUAGAUGCUAACCCCUCCUCAGAAAAUCCCAGUUCUUCCAUUUCGGGUUCACUGCAAGAAACAAAAUCAUCUUGGGUGUCCGAAAUAUCUGUUUCCAAGCUUGCUAAAUUGUCGUAUAUAACCAGAAUAAAAGUGCCUGUUCCUAACAUACCAUACCUGACUCCCAGCACUAACUGGAAUUCUUUAUCUUCUCCCGCUGCCUUUGCUCCUGCUCUUGUCAACUCUUAUCAAUCUGCAGAAUUGGUAAAAUGUGCAAAACCAACAGCAUAUACGCAUGUUGUUCCCACAGCUUCCUCGUCGUCAGAAGUUCUUUACAGAUGGCAUCUACCAGAACCCAAUUCCAUUGAUAUGUCAGGGAUUUCUGAUUGUUCAUCAGUGAAGACCAAGACAGUAGUGGUCUUACUUGGAUGGUUAGGCGCAAAGCAGAAGCAUCUCAACAAAUAUGCAGAAUGGUAUACAUCGAGAGGAUUUCACGCCAUUACAUUUACUUUCCCAAUGGCUGAGAUUCUCAGUUACCAAGUUGGUGGGAAAGCUGAAGAACAUGUAAACUCUCUUGUUCAACAUCUUGCUGAUUGGCUGGAAGAGGAAUAUGGAGAAAAUCUAGUUUUUCACACUUUCAGCAACACGGGAUGGUUAACAUACGGAGUUGUCUUGGAGAAGUUUCAGAAACAGGAUCCUUCUCUAAUGGAAAGAAUUAAGGGCUGUAUUGUGGAUUCUGCUCCUGUCGCAGCUCCUGAUCCACAGGUUUGGGCUUCAGGUUUCUCUGCAGCUUUCUUGAAAAAGAACAGCAUUGCGACAAAAGGAUCCAAGGACUCUAAUGGACAAGGUGUGGAUUCAUCACUUGGCGCCAAAAAUAUUACAGAAGCUAAACCGGCAAUGACUGAAACAGCUUUGCUACUAGUUCUCGAAAAGUUCUUUGAGGUGGUAUUAAAUCUUCCUACAAUAAAUAGGAGGCUCUCAGAUAUACUUGGUUUAUUGACAUCAAGACAGCCAAGUUGUCCACAGUUAUAUUUUUACAGCUCUGCAGAUAGAGUCAUUCCAGCAGGGUCUGUAGAGUCAUUCAUACAAGAGCAGCAGAGGAUUGGGCAUGAAGUCAGGGCUUGUAACUUUGUCUCCACGCCCCACGUUGAUCAUUUCAGAAACGACCCAGAACUGUAUACUUCUCAGCUCACCCUAUUUUUGGAGGAUUCUGUGCUUGCCUGUUGCACACAUUCUUCCUGAACAGAUAUGCUACUGGAAGAGUCUUUGAACCUUCCUUUUUUCUUUUUAUUUUUUCUCACAGUGCAAUGCAUAUACAACUAGUAAUUGAUUCAUUGUUGUAGAGGUUGCUGAGGGCAACAGGAGGUUAAUAAUUGCCUCUUUUCUGGUCCCUUUUUAAUUCUUCCAGAUCCCCUUGGGAAAAUCUGAAGUUUACAAGUGAUGUGAUGACAAUUUUACCUGUGGCAUGAAAAUACACGAAAAAUUUAACUUC